GAGUGCAGGAAAAUGGCAGAGGCCAGUAUUUCAGUAGAUCAGGACCAGUUCAGCUGUCCAGUCUGUCUGUCUCUGCUGAAGGAUCCAGUGACUAUUCCCUGUGGACACAGUUUCUGUAUGGUGUGUAUUAAUGGCUGCUGGGAUCAGGAUGAUCAGAGGGGGGUCUACAGCUGCCCCCAGUGCAGAGAGACUUUCACUCCAAGGCCUGUUCUACGCAGAAACAACAUGCUGGCUGAAGUGGUGGAGAAACUGAAGAAGACAGAACUCCAAGCUGCUCCUUCUGCUCACUGUUACGCUGGACCUGGAGAUGUGGAGUGUGAUUCCUGCACUGGGAGAAAACGCAAAGCCAUCAAGUCCUGUUUGGUGUGUCUGGCUUCAUUUUGUGAAACUCAUCUUAAACCUCACUAUCAGUCUCCUGCCUUUAAGAAGCACAAGCUGGUCGAAGCCUCCAAACAGCUACAAGAGAAGAUCUGCCCUCAACAUGAUAAAGUAAUCGAGAUCUUCUGUCAUACUGAUGACAGCGGCAUCUGUUAUUUGUGUACGAAGUAUGAACACAAAGGUCAUGAUACAGUUGCAGCUGCAGCAGAACGGUCUGAGAAACAGAGUCAGCUGAAGGAGAUGCAGAGGAAAUCUCAGCAGAGACUCCAGGAGAAAGAGAAGAAGCUGCAGGAGGUGAAACAGGCUGUGAAGACUCUUAAGAGCUCUGCACAGGCAGCAGUGGAGGACAGUGAGAGGAUCUUUACUGAGCUGAUCCGCUCCAUUGAGAAAAAGCGCUCUGAGGUAACGGAGCUGAUCAGAGCUCAGGAGGAGGCUGAACUGAGUGGAGCUGAGGAACUCCUGGAGCAGCUGGAGCAGGAGAUUGCUUAUCUAAAGAGGAGAGACACUGAGCUGGAGCAGCUUUCACACACAGAGGAUCACAUCCAUUUCCUCCAGAGAUUCCAGUCUCUCCGUGUCUCUUCUGGAUCCGAGGACUCACCCAGCAUCACUGUCCCUCAACAUCUCUUAUUUGAUGGAGUGAGGAAAUCUCUCUCUGAUCUGAAAGAGAGACUAGAGGAAUUCUGUAAGCAGGAAUUCAGUAAAAUCUCUUUGUUUAGUGAAAGGAGCUCUGCUGAUGAACAUGAGGGUGAAUCUUUAACUGCACAGCAUCUUUACGGGCGCAGACAGAGUGUGGAUCCACCAUGUGAUAUGGAUUUACACUCAGAGCUAAUGAGCAGAGAAGAUUUACUGCAAUAUUUCUGUCGGCUGACUCUGGAUCUCAACACAGUAAAUCAUUACCUCAGUCUGUCAGGGAAAAACAGAGUGGUGUCAUACAGCGCGAUAAACCAUCAUUACCCUGAUCAUCCAGAGAGAUUUGACUACUUGAAGCAGGUGUUUUGCAAGGAGAGUGUAAGUGGACGCUGUUACUGGGAGGUUGAGUGGAGCAGUAGUGGAUAUGUGUACAUAUCAGUCUCAUAUAAAGGGAUCGGCAAGAAAAGAUAUGGUAACGAGUGUAAGUUUGGACACAACAGUCAGUCCUGGAGUCUGCAGUGUUCUCCCUCCGUCUCUUUCUAUCACAACAACAUUGAGACUGAGCUCUCAGCCUCAUCAUCCUCCAGAAUAGGAGUGUAUGUGGAUCACAGUGCAGGAACUCUGUCCUUCUACAGGAUCUCUGACACAAUGACCCUCCUACACACAGUCCACACCACAUUCACUCAGCCGCUCUAUGCUGGAUUCUGGGUGAACCCGGGAACUGUGAGGUUGUGUGACCUACCAUAGUUACAGAUUAUUCUCAUUAGCCCAGCAUAUGCACUGAGAAAAAAUAUUCUCAACAUAUGUUGUUUUCCCUUGUAUGUUAUUUUCUUGUGGGUACCAUGUUUAUUGUAGAGUUUAAGCAAAUAGCUUUUUGUUGUAGAAAAGUGAUACCCAUCACAUACCAUUUGCAGAAAGGGAUAAGGUGAA